AACAGCAAUUGGUUUGCGAGUAAAUGAUGGCGUUGUCUUAGCUGUUGAGAAAUUAGUCCAAUCAAAGUUACUCGUACCCGGUUCAAAUAGAAGAAUUCAAACUGUUGACAUGCAUAUUGGCGUGGCAACGGCUGGAUUACUAGCAGACGGCCGUCAUAUUAUCAAUCGCGCCAGAGACGAGGCAGAAAACUACAAGGAUGUAUACCAUUCCCCAAUUCCUGGAAAGGUACGACCAUUAUUAAUCUCUUCUAAAGAAUUUCAAGAUGUUAAUCAAAAGAUAACAGUUUGGGCUCAUAUACAGACAAUUGCAGACAGAGUUGGACAAUAUGUACAAGCUUAUACAUUAUAUUCUAGCGCACGUCCGUUCGGUAGUAGUGCUAUCAUUGGAACUGUUGAUAAAGAUGGACCACAAUUGUUUAUGGUUGAACCGUCGGGUGUCUAUUGGGGAUAUCAUGGAUGUGCGAUUGGGAAAGGAAAGCAAGUGGCUAAAACAGAAAUUGAAAAGCUGAAACUUAGUGAAAUGACCGCAUUGGAAGCUGUCAAGGAAGCUACUAGAAUCAUUUAUACUGUUCACGAUGACGCCAAGGACAAAGAAUUCGAACUAGAAUUGAGUUGGGUAACUAAUGAUAGCAAGCGACAUGAAUUCGUCCCCACUGAAAUAGCACUGGAGGCUGAAAGAUUGGCCAAGGAAACAUUAAAUGAAGAAAUGGAAGACGAUUAG